AUCUGAAUUUUCAUUUGUGUGUUACCAAACUGAUAACAGAAGAAGAGAAAGAAAGAGUUGAGAAAGAGAUGUCAAAGCCAUGGCAAUGGAGUUGGACGCUGUUCAUCUUCUUCCAUCUCUUUCAAUUAUCCGUAGCCAUUGACUACGCGUGCAAACCACCGCACCACUCUUCAUACUCAUUCUGCGACCUCACUCUCCCCAUUCACGCGCGAGCACGCGCUCUCGUUUCUCUUCUCACUCUCCACGAAAAGAUCCAACUCCUCUCCGACAACGCUUCCUCCAUUCCCCGCCUGGGAAUCCCCUCUUACGAGUGGUGGUCCGAAUCCCUCCACGGCGUCUCUCUCAAUGGUCCCGGCGUCUCCUUCAACGGCACCGUUUCAUCCGCCACAGACUUCCCCCAAGUCAUCCUCUCCGCCGCUUCCUUCAACCGUUCUCUCUGGUUCCUCACCGCUUCCGCCAUCGCCGUCGAGGCCCGGUCUAUGUUCAACGUGGGCCAGGCCGGCCUCACCUUUUGGGCCCCCAAUAUCAACCUCUUCAGAGACCCCCGGUGGGGCCGUGGCCAAGAGACCCCCGGCGAGGACCCUAUGCUUGCUUCUGCUUAUGCUGUUGACUUUGUUAGAGGCCUUCAGGGUGUUCGCGCAAUCCAAAACGCUGUCAUUUACGAUGAUGUUGACGACGACGACGGUAAUGCCCUUAUGGUGUCUGCUUGUUGCAAACAUUUCGCAGCUUAUGAUUUAGACAUGUGGAAACAGUUCUCUAGGUAUAACUUCAAUGCUGUGGUAUCGGAGCAGGAUUUGGAAGACACUUAUCAGCCGCCGUUUCGUGGCUGCAUUCAGCAAGGGAAAGCAAGCUGCUUGAUGUGCUCCUACAAUGAGGUUAAUGGGGUUCCUGCUUGUGCUAGUGAGGAUCUCUUGAGACUGGCUAGAAACAAGUGGGGGUUUAAAGGGUACAUCACCUCAGACUGUGAUGCUGUAGCUACGGUUUAUGAGUAUCAGAGGUAUGCGGAAUCCGAAGAGGAUGCUGUUGCUGAUGUUCUCAAAGCAGGUGUGGAUAUUAAUUGUGGAACCUUUAUGCUUCGACAUACUGAAUCUGCUAUUGAAAAAGCAAAGGUGAAAGAGGAAAAUUUAGAUAGAGCUCUUUUCAACCUUUUUUCUGUUCAACUGCGCCUUGGAUUGUUUGAUGGAGAUCCCAUAAAAGGCAAGUUUGGUAAAUUGGGACCAAAGGACGUUUGCACCCUCGAACACAAAACACUGGCACUUGAAGCUGCAAGGCAGGGAAUUGUAUUGCUGAAAAAUGAAAAGAAGUUCCUUCCCUUGAAUAGGAAUUUCGGUGCCUCCUUAGCUGUCAUUGGCCCAAUGGCAACUGUAACUAAAUUAGGUGGUGGGUACUCAGGAAUACCUUGCUCCUCAACAAGCUUAUAUGAUGGACUUAGAGAGUUUGCAAAGACGAUAUCACAUGCUCUUGGUUGCCAUGAUGUACCCUGUGAUUCUGAUGAUGGUUUUGCUGAGGCUAUUGAUAUAGCAAAACAAGCUGAUUUUGUAGUUAUAGUUGCUGGGCUUGAUGCAACUCAAGAGACAGAGGAUCAUGAUCGAGUUAGUCUUCUCUUGCCUGGUAAACAGAUGGACCUGGUAUCCUCUGUUGCUGCCGCUAGUAAAAGUCCAGUUAUUUUAGUUCUUACUGGUGGAGGACCCCUUGAUGUCUCUUUUGCUGAAAGAAAUCAACAAAUCGCAAGUAUUCUUUGGGUGGGGUACCCUGGUGAAGCUGGUGGAAAAGCACUGGCUGAAAUUAUCUUUGGAGAGUUCAAUCCAGCUGGAAGGCUGCCAAUGACUUGGUACCCUGAGGCAUUUACUAAUGUUCCCAUGAAUGACAUGCGCAUGCGAGCUGAUCCUACACGUGAUUAUCCAGGAAGGACCUACCGAUUUUAUAUUGGAAGUAGAGUAUACGGAUUUGGGCAUGGUUUAAGUUAUAGUGACUUUUCUUACAAGUUCUUAUCAGCUCCAAGUAAAAUUAGUUUGUCUAGAAUCAUCAAGGAUGGUUCUAGAAAAAAACUGUUGUAUGAGGUAGAGAAAGAGAUUUAUGGAGUUGAUUAUAUUCAAGUUGAUGAGUUGCAAAAUUGCAACUCACUGAGUUUAUCAGUGCAUAUUUCUGUGACAAACCUUGGUGAUUUGGAUGGAGGCCAUGUUGUAAUGUUGUUCUCUAGAUGGUCAAAGGUUAUAGAAGGCUCCCCGGAGACCCAACUAGUUGGAUUCAGUCGUCUGCAUACAAUUUCUAACAAAUCUACUGAAACAAGCAUUUUAGUAGAUCCUUGUGAACAUUUCAGCUUUGCAGAUAAGCAAGGAAAAAGGAUAUUGCCAUUGGGCCUCCACACUUUGAGCGUAGGGGAUGUAGAGCACAUUGUUUCAAUUGAAAUUUAUUGAUUGCUUGUUAGAUCUCAGUUGUGUAAUUUAUUGAUGGGUUGACAUUUUACUAAAAAGUUUAAGUAUAGAUAUUAUAAAAUUCAAAUG